AUGAGCGUGUUAAGUUGGAAUGCACGUGGUUUGGGGAGUACACGUGCAUUCCGGAGGCUCUCCCUGCUUGUCAAAGAUCAGUGCCCUGAUGUUGUCUUUUUGAUGGAAACCCGAUUGCCUAUUAUGGCUGUGGAUCGUGUUAGAGUAGCUUUAGGUUUUGAUAAUGGUUUUGAAGUCCUUAGGAAAUAUUUUGGUGGUGGACUUCUCCUUUUGUGGAAAGCUACUGUUUAUUUUUUGUCAUUUGAUGAUAAAAUAGGGAGUAGCUAUUAUAAUUAUAGUGAUAUGGAAAAUUUUUCUCACUUUCUUGAUAAGUACUGUCUUUCUACUCUCUCUUUUGAGGGGGAUAAGUAUACUUGGCAUAAACGGUCUGUGCAUGAACGACUUGAUUGGGCUUUAGAAUCUGAGUCUUGGAAGAAUCUUUUUCCUAAUGCUACUUUGUACCAUUUACCAUUUUAUGGAUCGGAUCAUCGUCCUCUUAAGGACUCUUGGACUAAUUCUUCCAGAGUCUCUUCUUGUCCAAAUGCUUUUAAUGAGUUCCUUUUCUGCCAAGAAGGUUGUAUUUCAGCUCUUAAGUCUUGGAAUAAGUCCAAUAUGGUCAUGUUUCAUUCUAGAAUUCAGGAUACUCAAAAGGAAAUUGCUAGGCUUCAAGCUUCUACUUCUUAUAGUAGUGAAUCUGCUCUGAGAAUCCAGAAUUUACAGUCCCAACUGGAUGCUCUUCUUUACAAAGAAGAGGUCUAUUGGAAGCAACGAUCUAGGGUUAAUUGGCUUAGAGCUGGGGAUAAAAAUACAAAGUUUUUCCAUAGGUUUGCUUCUCAUAGGAAAAAGAAUAAUACUAUUAAAUAUUUAAAGGAUGAUCUUGGCAAUAGUACUAAUAACCCUGAGGCUAUGUUUAGUAUAGUUUCCUCUUUUUUCACUACUCUUUUCAGUUCUGAGGGUUGUGAUGCUGAGGCAACUAGUCAAAUCCUUGACUGUUUAGGGCCCCCUUUAGAUGAGUCUGAUGUUGAAUAUUUGGCUAGCCCGUAUACUGCUCAAGAAGUGAAGAAAGCUGUCUUUAGUCUCUCUGGGGAUAGAGCUCCUGGUUUGGAUGGAUUAAAUGCUUUUUUCUAUCAAAAAAAUUGGAAUACGUUAGGAGCUAGUUUUGUUAAUGCGACUUUAGAUUGCUUAAAUAAGGGAAUUGAUUUUUCUGAUAUUAAUACUACUCUUGUAGUUUUAAUUCCUAAAAAGCAGCAUGCUAAUUCUCUAAAAGAUUUUCGACCUAUAAGUCUUUGUACUACUAUGUAUAAAGUCAUUUCUAAAGUCCUCGCUAAUCGGCUUAAAUUAGUACUAGAUAAAAUAAUCUCCCCUUUCCAAAGUGCUUUAGUUUCUGGGCGUAUUAUUUUUGAUAAUAUUCUUAUUGCCCAAGAAAUAGUUCAUACAAUCAAUAAUAGAAAAAAUGGUAAGCGUGGCUGGGCUGCCCUUAAGCUCGACAUGGCUAAAGCUUUUGACCGUGUUGAAUGGCCUUUUUUGGAAAGUCUUAUGUUCCAUUUUAAUUUCCCUCCCAGUUUUGUUAGUUUAAUUAUGAAAUGUAUUUCCACCACCAAUCUCUCUUUUAUCCUUAAUGGUGCAGUUUAUGGUUCCCUUAAACCCUCGAGAGGUCUAAGACAGGGGGAUCCUUUGUCCCCCUACCUCUUCAUCCUUUGUGCUGAAGGUUUAUCAUCUCUUUUUAGAAAUCGGCAGGAAGCUCAUAUUCUUAAUGGUAUUGCUAUCUCUCGUCAUGCCCCUGCUAUUUCUCAUUUAUUUUUUGCGGAUGACAGUCUCUUAUUUUGUACUGCUGAUAGGAAUUCUUGUCUGGCGCUUCAGGAUGUGUUUAAUAUUUACUCUAAGGCUUCUGGGAAAGCUAUUAAUUUCUCUAAGUCCUCUAUUCUUUUCUCCCCUAAUACUGAUCCUAAUAUUCGCGCUUUAUUUUUCCAAACUUUUAAUCUUGAGGAUCGCCCUUUUGGCUGCAAAUAUUUAGGUCUUCCUCAGUGUCUCUCUCGCUCUAAAUACCAUUCUUUUACUUUUUUGAGUGAUAAAGUUGCUUCUGUUCUCAGAAGUUGGUCUUCUAAAUGUUUCUCUAGGGCAGGAAAAGAAGUUCUCUUGAGGGCUGUUAUCCAAGCUUUCCCAGCUUAUGCUAUGGCCUGUUUUAGGAUUCCUGUUAAAAUCUGUAAAGGAAUUGAGGCUGCGAUGGCUAGAUUCUGGUGGGGUUCUUCUGGGGAAGCUAGGAAAGUUCACUGGAAAUCUUGGAAGUCUCUGUGUCAGUCCAAAUUCAGGGGUGGUUUGGGUUUUAGGUCCCUUGUGCAUUUUAACCAAGCUAUGCUUGCAAAACAAGCUUGGCGUAUUUUCCAAAACCCCAACUCUUUACUGAGUUUGAUUCUUAAAGCAAGAUAUUUUCCUCAAUCUUCUAUACUUGAGGCUGUCCCUGGUCACAGUCCUUCGUUUUCUUGGCGAAGCAUUUUAUGGGGUAGGGACCUGAUGGCAUCUGGGCUAAUUUGGAAAGUGGGUAAUGGGUCUGGGAUUAAAACACUGGGUGAUCACUGGCUCCCAAACAAUAAGUUUAAGUUUUUUACUUCAAAUAACCCUCCCCUUUCUUCCCACUUACUCUCUUUUUUUAUCUCUGACUCGGGCACCUGGGAUGUGGGAAAAUUACAAUCUUGCUUUGAUGAGUCCAUGGUCAAAGACAUCCUUGCUGUCCCUAUUUCUGGCCAUUAUGGUCAUGACAAGCAAAUUUGGGAAAAAGAGAGCUCUGGGUGUUUUACUAUAAAGUCUGCCUAUCAUUUGGCCUUUUCUAAUCAAGAUCUCCCUUCUUCUUCUUCUUUUUCUGAUUCUAAAAAGUUUUGGAAAAGAGUCUGGUCUUCUCCUGCUCCUCCUAAGGUCAAGCUCUUUAUCUGGCGUUUGUUAUCCAAUGCAAUCCCGGUUGCUUUUUCUUUGUUUAAAAAAUGUGUAAUUGAUUCUCCAUUAUGUCCUAUUUGUAAGAUGGAAAAUGAGACUAUUCAACAUGCUUUGCUAGAUUGCUCCAGGGCCAGGAAAGCUUGGCGACAUUCCAGGUUUGCUAAUUAUUUUCAUACUUUUAAAACUUUGGAUAUUGCUGAAUUUUUUCUUGGUCUUUUUAACACGCUGGAUAAAAAUGAUGUUGGUAUUUUAUUUUGUUUUAUAUGGGCUUUAUGGAAUCAAAGGAACAAUAUUGUAUAUAAUCAGUACACUUUGCCUCCAAAAGAAGUGUAUGAUUGGAGUCUUAAUUAUUUUUUUAAGUUUUUGGAUGCACAGCAACAACAUGUUACAGGUUCUCAAUUUGCAUCCAAUUCGGCUCAGCCUACACAGAUACCUCCCUCUACAAGGUUUAGAAUUUUUACAGAUGCAGCCAUAGAUUCAGUCAAUCGAAAGCAUAGUAUUGGAGUGGUGGUCUUAGAUGCUGAUAAUGCAGUUAAAGCUGGUUUUUCUGCUCCCUUCUCUGGAUUGGUUCCUCCUGCUGUGGCUGAAGCUAAGGCUAUUUUUCAGGCAAUUCAAUGGGCUCAAAUGAUUUCUCUCCCUGUAGAUGUCUUGCUAACAGACUGUAAAUCAAUUGUAGAUAAGCUUUCUUCUUGUAACCGGAAUAAUAGUGUUUUGGAUGAUGUUUUGUCUAAUAUUCAGAACUUGUUAUCCUUCAGUCCAAGACUAGCUAUUUCCUAUGUUCCUAGGGAAAACAAUGUUCUUGCUCACAAAUUAGCUAAGUUUGGUCUUGGAUUAGAUAACGAGUUAAUUUGGAAUGGUUCUUUACCUUCCAUAUAA